GGUUUCUUAAUUCUUGCAACUUUCAACAUGGUGGUCUUUUCCCAUGUAGGAAAGAAACUAGAACAACUUUGUAGUUGUUUAUUAACUACUUUUAGAUUCAUGUGGUUCUUAGUCAUUUAUGUGUAUCAUUAUGUUGUGCGUCGCAUGAACCCGUUUUCUAUUGAAGUGUUUUAUUUUCUCUUUGUUUCGUGUUUUGGGUUUCUUAUCCUCAAUGCAAUGGAUCCAAGAACCACCACAUUUACCCCUAGAAAGCUAGAUCUAUUCUUCACCUCCGUUUCGGCAUCUACUGUUUCUAGUAUGUCUGUCGUUGAAAUGGAGGUUUUCUCCAACUCCCAACUCAUCAUUAUGACAAUAUUGAUGUUCAUUGGUGGUGAGGUUUUCACUUCUAUGGUUGGACUCCUUGUGCGUAGUUUUUCCCGUCGUGGUUCUAUACAAGAGGGUGGUAGGGUGAACGAUUCGAUGAGUGAUCUUGGUAUCCCACCAAACUUUCAUGCCCAGCUUGAGCUAGGCACCAUAUCGAACCCUGAAUUCGAGAGCUCUAAAUCAGAUAUUUUUGAGUUAGGUUAUGAAUCAGAACCACAUGUGGCUGAUGUGGAGGAACUGAAGUACAAAUCCAUAAAAUUUUUGGGCCUUUUAGUGUUAGGUUACUUAUUGCUUGUCCAAACUUUAGGUGUUUUCUCAGUUUAUGUAUACCUAAAUGUCAUCUCAAGUGCCAAAAAUGUACUCAAACAAAAGGGUCUAAACACAUUCACUUUCUCCCUCUUUACCAUAGUUUCCACCUUUGCUAGCUGUGGUUUUGUUCCCACCAAUGAAAACAUGAUGGUGUUUAACAAGAAUUCUGGCCUAUUAUUAAUUUUAAUCCCUCAAGUUCUUCUAGGUAACAAUUUGUACCCCUCAGUUUUGAGAUUUUCUAUUUGGAGCAUUGGAAAUUUCAAAAAGAAAGACGAAACUAGUUACCUCUUGAACAAUACCCAAGAAAUCGGGUUCCAUCAUUUUCUUUCUCACAUCCACUCGUCGUUUAUUGUUGUUACGGCGUUGGUGUUUAUCCUCGUACAAUAUAUAUUGUUUGCCUCAAUGGAGUGGAGUGCCGAUGCUUUGACGGGCAUGAACAAUUAUCAAAAGUUUAUCGGGGUCCUGUUUCAAACCAUCAACACCAGACAUACGGGUGAAACCAUCGUAGAUCUCUCCACCAUCGCGGCCGCCUCAUUGGUAUUGAUCGUGGUCAUGAUGUACCUUCCUCCAUAUACCUCGUUUUUACCAUUAUCCGCGAAACAAAGUGGCAAAAGAAAUAGCGACCAAAGAAAGAAGAAAAACAGAAGAGUAUUGUUGGAGAAUAUCAUAUUCUCACAACUCUCUUAUCUUGUGAUUUUCAUCAUGCUCAUUUGCAUAACAGAAAGGAGAAACAUCAAAGAUGAUCCCCUUAAUUUCAAUGUCCUAAAUAUCGUGGUUGAAGUCAUAAGUGCUUAUGGAAACGUGGGGUUCACCACCGGCUACAGUUGCGGUCGUCAACUGAAACCAGAUGGCAUUUGUGAAAACAAAUGGUACGGUUUCGCGGGAAAAUGGAGUGACACAGGAAAACUAAUUUUAAUUGUAGUGAUGUUUUUUGGUAGGCUAAAGAAAUACAACAUGAAUGGAGGCAAAGCAUGGAAGCUCUUGUAAAUAUGCAAUUUUUUUUUCAUGCCCUCCGAAGAUGCAUAAUAUAGUUUCUUGGUGUGAAGCAUCUACACAAAGAAAGAAACUUGCUUGAUGGUUAAUAUAAAAUGUAUGAAUCAACCAGUUAUGAUUAUAUUUUUACUUUUUGUUCAAAGUAUGUAUCUAUGAUAUGUCCUAAUUUUCUUAAUGCAUUAUUAAGUUGUAAACUUUUGUAAA